UUGUUUUUCAUAUUUCAUCAGUUUUGAAUAAUACAGACGUUUUAGUUGAUCAAUUGGUGAAAGAGAAAGGGAGGGGUAGAUGGGUACGUACUUUCAUGGGAAUUCUGAAAUCCAAGCUGGGAGUGGCGGUGAUGGCUUACAAACACUUCUACUCAUGAACCCUGCCGGCGGCAGCGGCGGUUAUGUUGGGUUCCCUAACGCCUCUCAGCCGGCGCAGCACCAGCCGCCGGGGAACAACUUCAUCUUCCUCAACUCGAACGUCGGCCCUGGGAGCUCAAUGGAAUUUCCGUCCCACGCGCCGCCGUCUCAGUAUGUCGGCAUCCCUUUUUCGCAACCUGAGGUCCACGUUUCCAGCGCGCACGACUUCUCCGCCCUCCAGGGUUUCAUCGGGAGGCCGCAGUAUAACCUGUACGGCUCGCCGGUUGACCUGGCCGCGGCGCGUGAAGUAACGCGCACCCAGCACGGGCUAUCCCUGAGCCUCUCCUCUCAGCAAUCCGGGUUUGGGAAUUUCGGGGCGGGGCGGGAGGUGGGGAACGAGCAGUAUGUGUCGGCAGUCGGCGGGGGUUCUCCGUCGGCUGCUUCCAACGGCGGGCUGCAAAACGUGCUGUUGAGUUCGAAAUUCUUGAAGGCGGCUCAAGAGCUUCUCGACGAGGUGGUGAAUGUGGGAAAGGGAGUGAAGAGUGAAGGGGCAAAUAAUGAGGUGCUGCCCACGAAUGACGGAAUCGCCAGCUCAGACGGAGAGCAGAGUGGGGGUAAACGCGCCGCCGCGGAGCUCUCCACAGCAGAGAGACAGGAAAUUCAAAUGAAGAAAGCAAAGCUUGUGAACAUGCUCGAUGAGGUGGAACAGAGAUACAGACAAUACCACGAGCAGAUGCAGGUGGUGAUAUCAUGGUUUGAGCAGGCGGCAGGGGCGGGUUCUUGUAGAACGUACACAGCCCUGGCGUUGCAGACCAUCUCAAAGCAGUUCAGGUGCCUUAAAGACGCGAUCUUGGGGCAAAUACGAGCUGCCGGGAAGAGCUUAGGAGAAGUCGAAGUUGGAGGUGGCGGUUCAUCCCCAUCGUCGUCGUCCCCAUCCAGCAGGCUGAAGUUUGUGGAUAGGCAGCUCAGGCAACACAGGGCUUUGCAACAGUUGGGAAUGAUCCAACACAACAGCAACGGCGCAGCUUGGCGGCCCCAGCGAGGAUUGCCGGAGCGCUCUGUUUCUGUUCUUCGCGCUUGGCUCUUUGAGCAUUUCCUCCACCCUUACCCAAAAGAUUCAGACAAAAUCAUGCUGGCUAAACAAACAGGUCUUACCAGGAAUCAGGUGUCAAAUUGGUUCAUCAAUGCUCGGGUCCGACUGUGGAAGCCAAUGGUAGAAGAGAUGUAUCUGGAAGAGACCAAGGAACAAGAACAAAGCCAAAAUGCAUUAGAGAACCAAACAGGGAAAGGUAGUGAGCCAAACGAAGAUUCUUCAGAGUGUUCGGAUCAUCAAGAAAAGAGCAGUCUUACCCGAAACCAACAACUCUCUACUGUAUCUUCUCCCGCGGACAGAAACCAAUCCAGUUUCAGCCCGGAAAGCCCGAAGAAGGCCAGAAGAGCACAAGGCCCGGACUCUUCCUCCAUGGAUUUUACAUUAAUGGGUGGUGGAGGUGGGGGAUCAGCUAACUUCAUUGGCGGGUUCGAGUCAUACCCGAUUGGAGAAAUUGGAUCAUAUUCGGGCAAUGCGGUCUCCCUAACGCUUGGUCUGCCUCAUAGUGAAAACCUCUCAAUGUCAGGGGCACACCACGGGUUCAUCCCAACUCAAGAAAUGCAUAUGGAAAGAGGGGUAGAAUUGGGAGAAUCGAAUGAUCAGUUUGGCGGUAUGAAUGCUCCAAUGAGUUACAACAACAUUGAGAACCGGAAGAGGUUUGCCACACCAUUGUUGCCAGACUUUAUAGCUUGCGGUUACCAACAAAUGCUCAGCAAGGAAGUAAGAGAUUCUUCAUAAUACUGUAAAGAUAUAAAAACAUUUAUACUUUGCAGAAGAACAAGCAAUAUAGUUCAUAUGGAUAGUUUUUUAGCCUUUUAGACAUUAUAUUGGUGAGGAUUGUAUAGUGUGAUUGCUGUUGUAUUUAAUAUCAGGGGGACGUAGGUAUUGUGGGAUGUUAUAGUUAAUAAUUUGAAUUUUAAGGUGUUGUUUCUUGAACAACAAUUAGUCAAAUUAUAUACCAACACUGCUGGUAUUACAGCAUUUGUUACUUGGAUGGUGAUUGAUGAACUGAAAAGAAAGUGAGCCUUAUUUGGAUAUUUACUUUUGGAUA